UCCAGUAAUGGGAACCCACCAGAGAGAUGUCCUCGUCCUUUGUAUUCCCGGGACUCCACACAGGAAGAUCAUAACUAUGUACACCAUGAUCAGGGGGAAGAACUGAAAGACAUCAAAGCUGAAACUGAAGAGGAAGAAAAGAUUCUUGUUAGUAGAGAUCAGUAUUCUAUGGAGAAGUGUAGUCCUUUGUAUUCCCAGAAUUUCGCACAGGAAGUUCCCAGCAUCUCACACCCAAUUCAGAAUGAAGAACUAAAAGACAUCAAAGUUGAGAAUAAAGAGGAAGAAGAAGAGAUGUUGGUGAGUGGAGAUCAGCAGUCUAUGGAGGAGGGGGAGAUGAUUAUGGAAAGUAAACAGGAGGAAUCUUCUCUACAUAUAGACACAAGAGGACAUUGUGUCUCGAAUAACGUAUCUUCAGAAUAUAAGGAAGAAGAAAAUGCCACCACACAACGUUCUCCAGGAGAAGACCCCACCACACAACGUUCUCCAGGAGAAGACCCCACCACACAACGUUCUCCAGGACAAGAUCCCACCACACAACGUUCUCCAGGAGAAGACCCCACCACACAACGUUCUCCAGGAGAAGACCCCACCACACAACGUUCUCCAGGAGAAGACCCCAAUACACAAAUAUUUCAUAGACCUUAUCUUUCAGAAAGACCAAUGGAUCCCUCUAAUCCUGAGGAAUCUUCUGGUGAUCCACAUACUAUUAUUACUGAAAAAAAUCUGAGAUCUCACAGUACAGAUCCAUCUAAUCCUGAGGGAUCUUCUUUAAGCUGUGAAGGAUCUCAUACAGGUUCCUUGUCAUCUACAGUCGCUGGGAAUUCUUCCAAAGAAACCAGAAAGCCUUCUAAACAUCAGAAAAGUCGCAAGCAUAAGCGUCCUUUCUCAUGCUCACAGUGCAGGAAAUGUUUCAGCCAAAAAGGAAACUUUCUUGAUCACCAGAGAAUUCACACAGGUGAACGUCCUUUCUCAUGUCCAGAAUGCGGGAAAUGUUUCAAUCAGAAAGCACACCUUGUUAAUCACCAGAGAAUUCACACAGGCGAGCGUCCUUUCUUAUGUUCAGAGUGCGGUAAAUGUUUUAGAGAACGAGGGAACCUUCUUAAACACCAGAGAAUUCACUCGGGCAAGCGUCCCUUCUCAUGUUCAGAGUGCGGGAAAUGUUUUUUUGUGAAAAGAGACCUUGUUAAUCACCAGAAAAUUCACUCGGACGAGCGUCCCCUUUCAUGUUCAGAGUGCGGGAAAUCAUUCAUUCAGAAGGGGGAGCUUGAUAAACAUCUGAGAAUUCACACAGGUGAACUUCCUUUCUUAUGUUCAGAAUGCGGGAAAUGUUUCAAUCAGAAAGCACACCUUGUUAAUCACCAGAGAAUUCACAUAGGGGAGCGUCCGUUUUUAUGUUCAGAGUGCGGUAAAUGUUUUGGAGACCAAAGAAACCUUCUUAAACACCAGAAAAUUCACAAUGGUGAGCGUCCCUUUUCAUGUUCAGAGUGCGGGAAAUGUUUUUUUGUGAAAAGAGACCUUGUUAAUCACCAGAGAAUUCACACGGGUGAGCGUCCUUUUUCAUGUUCAGAGUGUGGGAAAGGUUUUUUUUUGAAGAGAGACCUUGUUAAGCACCAGACAAAUCACACGGGUGAGCGUCUUUUUUCAUGUUCAGAGUGCGGGAAAUGUUUCGUUCAGAAAGCACACCUUCGUCAACACCAAAAGAGACACACGGGCGAGUGUCCCUACUCGUGUCCAGAAUGUGGGAAAUCUUUCAUUCAGAAUGAAGCUCUUCUUAUACACCAGAGAGUACACACAGGUGAGCGUCCCUAUUCAUGUUCAGAGUGCGAAAAAUGUUUCAAGGACAGAGGAAGCCUCCGUCGACAUCAGAAAAUUCACACAGAGCGUCCGUAUUCAUGUUUAGAAUGUGGGAAAUUGUUCCAUCAGACAGAAAAUCUUCUUAUACACCAGAGACGUCACAUAGUUGUGCGUCCCUAUUCAUGUACAGAGUGCGGGAAAUGUUUCAUUCAGAAAAGAGAUCUCAUUAAUCACCAGAGAGUUCACACAGGUGAGCGGCCUUAUUCAUGUUCAGAGUGCGGGAAAUCUUUCACUCAAAAAAGUACCCUUGAUCGACACCAGAAAGUUCACAUGGACUAACACUUGUUGAUAUGUUUGAACAUACGAACAAAUAAAGAAUGUGGCAAAAAUAA